CGGAAACACGCACACACGCGCACACACGGAGUGAGCCGAGAUCUGUUACAAAAGUAGCCCUGAUGGCGGCGGAUCCGAGGAAGCUGAAGCUGCUGCCGGAGUAGCUGGGGCUCGCUCGCUCUCUUCUCCUGAUUCUUCUCUCCCCUUCCCCCUCUCCACCCACAGAUCUCGAUCGCUUUCCUCCUCCCAGCCACCCCCAACGAGCCGCUGCCUGCCUCUGUCAAGCUGCCUGUGGCUUUCGACUGGAGCCCGGAGGAAGGCGAGGAGAGGGGCUUCGGCUUUGCGCCUCCACGAUCUCUCCCCUUUUUAUGAUUAUCUGUUAAACUUUCUCUCGAGCCUCAUCCUCAUCCUCAUCGCCGCCCGCCAUCCCCCCCGCCACCGCCAUCCCCGCCACCAUUCUUCUCCCUUCCUCCGGCACUUGUGGGCAAAGGGGCAUCGAUCUUCGAUCAGGAAGAUGGCUGCUGGCUGGUGGCUCUUCUGGAGCCUGACACUUUCCCAGUCCUUGGUGAUAAACAUCUCCGCGGAAGGGCCCUUCCCUUCUGCCACAACGGAAAUGACCAAGGAAAGGAUAAAGCGGUGGGUCGAUAAGAUGCAAGAGGACCUAGUGAGGCUGGUGAAAACAGCAAGUGGGGUGGAUGAACUUGCUCAAAUAUAUCUACAAAACACACAUCUAUACACUGUAGAAGCCAACAAUGCACGACAAUUGGUGGAAAGUGCAGCUCGAGACAUUGAGAAACUCCUGAGCAAUAGAUCUACAGCCCUGGUGCGCCUUGCAGAAGCAGCAGAGAAAUUUCAGCAAGAACAUCAGUGGCAGGAUGAGUUUGCGAGUAAUGAUAUUGUCUACUACAAUGCAAAAGAUGACCUUAAUGAAGAGCAAGUGGACAAUUUUGCUUGACUCCUCUGUUCCUGACUGAGAUGGUGGCCACUUCCAGAUUGGUAGGGUCAGUGCUUAGAUAGUCA